AUCUAAAAUCUAAAGAUGCACAUCUUCCUCCGACUUCAAAUGUGUUACCUGGUACAACCUGUAGAACUGUCAAUCAUCAAAGCCAUAUGGCAUUCGGAGCUCCGCCUACUUUAAUCUGAUUGGCUUACACGGAAAACUCACACUUGUACCACAUGGCACUGGGUAUAUAAACAAAACAGCAUAGGAAAAUUACACAGUACACUUUUAUAGUUCAGCUGCAUCACGUCGGAUCGUAACUUCUACAGAAAUUGGAUUGUACACAACAUCAGAACUGUUUGACACAUUAUAGUGACGCAGUAUUUAUUUACAACACUGCCAACUGGAUACUAACUCAAAUCACAAAACUUCAGAAGGAUUAUACUCCAAUAAAAAUAAAUAAAGAUGAUCAAGAUCACAGAGCGAAAGCAAACAACAGGCUUGGAAUUGUACCCCGGACAAAAAGUCUCCAGAAAAUAUCGUCAGCAAUAUUUGCGUAAACUUCGCCGUAAGGAAUAUGGAAAAUUACAAGCCAGCGUCCCUGCAGUUGCGUUAAUGGAGAAAGUCAGUAAAGUGUGCGUUAUAGAAGAAGCAAUCAAACAUAUAGACAGUCUACACCGUGCCCUAUCUGCCAAACUUAGAACUACAAAUCCAG